CCUCGCCGCGGCCGCCAUGGACGACCUCCCCUACCGCGUCGAGUACGCCAAGAGCGGCCGCGCCUCCUGCAAGACAUGCAAGGGCAACAUCGCCAAGGACACCCUGAGGCUGGCGGUGAUGGUGCAGUCGCCCAUGUUCGACGGAAAGGUCCCCAAUUGGUACCACCAGAAGUGCUUCUUCAUAAAACAGCGCCCAAAGACUGUGGCUGAUAUUGCAAACUUCGAUGCCGUGCGAUGGGAAGACCAGGAGAAGUUAAAAACAGCCAUUGAAUCCGCAGGUUCGGGGGGUGGCGCUCCCCCUGACGCAGGAGGAAAGGGGGGCAAGAAGGGCAAAGGAAAAGCCAAAGGAGGCGCUAAUGACUUCACGGCCGAGUACGCCAAGAGUGGAAGGGCCGUCUGCCGAGGCUGUGACGAGAAGAUCCUGAAAGACCAAGUGCGAAUCAGUAAGAAAGAAUUUGACAGUGAACGCGCCAGAAUGUACGGACCUGUGGAUUUAUGGCAUCAUGUCGACUGCUUUGUGAAGAAGCGCGCCGAGCUGGGCUUCUUUGAGAGUGGUGACACCAUCGCUGGCUUUGGCACCCUCUCUGCUGAUGACAAGAACAUGCUAAAGUCGAAAUUGAAAAAGAUUGAAGUGAAGAGGAAGGCAGAGGAUGAGCCAGACUGUGCACCAAAGAAGAUAAAAACAGAAGAGGAGGAAACCGUUCGGAAGCAGAGCAAGACCAUGUUCAAAUACCGAGACAAUCUAGCCAAGCUCCUGAAGAAGAAGGAGCUGAGCUACAUCCUGGAGCACAACGACCAGUACAUGCCCACCGGGGAUAGCAAGAUGCUGGAUGUCAUUGUUGAUGGAAUGACAUUUGGUGCCCUGGAGCCCUGUGAGGUGUGCAAGGAUGGACGUCUCAGUUACGAGUCUGGUAAAGGUUACAAGUGCCACGGCAACCUCACCGAAUGGACGAAAUGCACCAAUAUUGUCAAGGAACCAAAACGCCGUCCAUUUAAAAUUCCCGAAGAGCUGAAAAAUAGUUUUGACUUCUUGAAUCAGUAUAAAUUCAAAGGAAUUCAGAAGAGAGUGUGGAUUGAUCAUGGACCAUCAACUGCUGAAUUGACCGUGAAGGCAGAAAAUGGCUCAUCCAUGUCAACGUCAGGCAAACCCCUCGAGGGCAUGAAGUUUGUUAUCGUUGGAGACAAGUUCGGAAUGGACAAAAAGGAGAUGAAGAACAAGAUCAAGGAACUCGGAGGAGAAGUGACAAGCAAAGUGGAGAAGAAUACUGCAGCUGUCAUCACUACAGCUGACCACAUUGGGGGCACCAACAAGAAGAUCGACGCUGCCAAGGAGCACAACAUCCAGUGCGUGAGCGACGACUUCCUGGAGGAGGUGGAGAAGGGGGGUGCGCUGCUCAUGAUCCAGAAGAAGAACUUGGCGCCGUGGGGUGGGGAUCCCCAGGACAGAGUCCAUGCUUCUAAGUCCUCAACAAAAUCCAAAUUCGAGUCUCGAUUCACCAAGAGCAUGCCAGACAAACAGAAGAUCAAAUUGAAGGGAGGAGCAGCUGUUGACCCGGACUCUGGCCUCGAGGACAAGGCCCACGUGUAUCAGGGAGGCAAGAAGAUAUACAACUGUGUCUUGGGCAUGGUGGACAUCGUGCGAGGGACCAACUCCUACUACAAGCUGCAGGUGCUGGAGAGCGAUAAGAAAAACAGGUGGUGGUUAUUCCGCUCAUGGGGUCGCAUUGGCACUACCAUCGGCAACAACAAGCUGGAAGACAAGGAGGACCUGCAGGACGCUCUGGCCCAGUUUGAGGGGCUCUACGAAGAGAAGACGGGCAACCGCUUCUCUGCCAAAGAAUUCAACAAAGUGCCCGGCUGUUGGUAUCCGCUCGACAUCGACUACGGCCAGGACGAAGAAAUUGUAAAGAAGCCUACCACAGCAGGCUCAAAGAGCAAGUUGGCAAAGGAAAUUCAGGAGUUAAUCGCGCUCAUAUUUGACGUUGAUACGAUGAAGAGUGCCCUUGUCGAGUUUGAGAUUGACGUCAAGAAGAUGCCUCUGGGAAAGCUGAGCAGGAAGCAGAUCGAGAGUGCCUACAGGGUCCUUUCGGAGGCCCUCAAACUCAUCGGCGACAAGCAGGACACCAAGGAUGACACCUCCUCUUCCUCCCCCACAUCCUCCUCCUCAUCCUCGUCCUCCACCUCCACUCAGGCCAGGAUCAAGGCUCAGCUCCUUGACUGCUCCAACCGCUUCUUCACCCUCAUCCCCCACGACUUUGGCAUGAAGAAACCCCCCAUCCUGGACGAUUUGGAGCUUAUCAAGGCUAAGGUGGCCAUGCUGGACAACUUGAGUGAGAUUGAGGUGGCAUACAACCUCCUGAAGUCUGAGGGCGAUGAGGACAAGGACGCUGACCCGAUAGACAAGCACUACCGCAAACUCAACACCAAGAUCGAGGUGGUGGACAAGAAGUCAGAUGAGUUCAGCAUGAUCAAGAAAUAUGUCAGCAACACCCACGCAUCCACGCACGGACAUUAUAAGCUGGUGGUCGAGGAGGCAUUCAAGGUCGAGAGAAGCGGAGAGAAGAAGCGCUUCAAGCCGUUCAAGCAGCUCCACAACCGCAAGCUCCUCUGGCACGGCUCCAGGCUCACCAACUUUGCUGGCAUUCUUUCUCAGGGUCUAAGAAUUGCACCGCCAGAGGCACCUGUCACCGGCUACAUGUUUGGCAAAGGUGUCUAUUUUGCCGAUAUGGUGUCCAAGUCUGCGAACUACUGCUGCACCUCGCAUUCAAACCCAACGGGUCUCAUCCUGCUGGCAGACGUCGCACUUGGAAACAUGUAUGAGCGCACCCACGCAGAAUACGUUGAAAAGCUACCCAAGGGGAUGCACAGUACAAAGGGCCUGGGACGCACCUGCCCCGACCCCAGCGAGAGCAUCACCAUGGACGGGGUCGAAGUGCCGCUGGGCAAGGGCAUCCAGGCUCCCAUCGGCAACACCUCACUUCUCUAUAACGAGUUCAUUGUGUACGAUGUGGCGCAGGUCAAUGUCAAGUACCUCCUCAAGCUCAAGUUCGAUUACCGGUUUUAAGGUGCAGCUGCUGGCUCAUUUUUGGGCGUGAAGGGCUGGGAUGGUUUCCUGCUGUUCUUUGUUUUUUCUCUUUGGUUAGCACUACUGUUAUGAAAGAGAGGAGCCAUUCCCUAUUUUAUUUUUUUAUUUGUUUUAUAUAUUUUUUUGUUUUAAUAGCAUUUGUUGUAUUUGUUUGUCUAUUUUUUUUUAUUUUUUUUUUUAUGUAGUAGCAAAUUGAAUGUCUGCAAAGAAAACAUUUGUAGAUUCAGUGAAUUACCAAGUUCCUCAAAAAAAGAACAAGUGGUAAUUCAUGUUGCUGACUGAGGUAUUGGCUACAAAAGCAGAAGGUGUAGGCCAGUUAAACCAGUGGGAGUUCAUGGCAGAAAGGCUUUAAAUCUGAUAGUAAAAUACAUUCCUAUUAGUUUACUUGGCUAUAAAGUUUAUUGAGCGGUUGACCUGGAAGUGGACAGCAAUGUUAGAGGUUGUCCAGUUGUGAGGUUGUAAGGUUUAUUGCCGGAUCUGUCUUGGAUUUGAUUUGAGUGAAUUGGACUUGACAUGGAAGUAAAAUCAAAAUUUGUGCUCGAUUUCCACAGCUCGGUGGCACUCUUCUGGCAUAAAAACAAUUAGAUUUGCACCAGAGACACAGAACUGCCAUUAAGUCUCUCAAAGUGUUUUUAUUUUUUUAAUUUGGUAUAAGAAGUUCAUAAUAGUCUUGCUAGAGUAUUGUAGAAAGAUGUAGUUUCACCCAUUUUAGUGAAGAUGCUCGUCUGUUUUUGAAAUGGCUUCAGAACAAAGAGAAAGGGAAAUUUGGAGAAAUUUUUCCCUUUGAAAUAUUUUCUCAAAGUGGAAGCAAAGUUGAUCUCUUUUUUUUUUUUUUUAUGUAAAUAUUUUGUUAUUUAAUAGAAGCUAUGCUGAAUGUUCUUCUUUUAGGAUGUCUUUUGUUUAUUGUUUUUCAGGGUAUCUGUAGAUCCUUAGUACCAAAUUUAUCUAUAAAAGAAAUUUUGUUAGCAUAUGUUUUGAUACAGAGUAACAUAUGCCUGAAAUUUUUUUUUUCAUGUAUGGGGUGUGAUAAGUGUUUGCAUCCCCCCCUCUCCCUCCACCCCACUCACCACACAUAAACACAUGCAUACAUAUACCAAGCAGACAUACACAAAUAGACUUACACAGAUAUAGACAAACACUUACAAACACUCGCAUACACAUACAAGUGUGUGUGUGUGUGUUCCAUAUAAAUAUUUGUGUUACAUUUCACAAAAGAAAGAGUAUUGUGAUAAACUUGUUGAUUUACUCUGCAUAUGUACAAGAAAAGAAAAAACCUUUGUAUUUGAAGUUAAUCUAAAUGGAAUGAUUGUUUUAUUAGCCUGUUUUUCCAAAUCUUUUAUGUAAGUCUGAUCAUAGGCUCUAGUAAUAUAAGGUAAUCUUUGCCAUUG